AUGGCUCCAAAUCAAGACAUUGAUUGGGAUCAGGCUACUCCAGUUGGUAAUGAUAGAAAGGUUGCAAAGUGUAAUUAUUGUGCUAAAAUUGUACACGGAGGAAUUACAAGGAUGAAACAACAUAUUGGACAUGUAGCAGGACAAGUAGAGGCAUGUCAGGCAGCUCCAAGAGAUAUAAGAGAGCUUUUAAAGAAACACUUGAUUCAAGGGAGUAGCAGUUCAAGUAUACCGAAUCUAUUGUCCUCUAGAAAUAAAAGAGCUUUCUCACAGAGUUUUAAACUCAAGGAAGAAGGGUUGGGGUCAAAAGGAGUUGAUCCAUACAUAUUUCUCUCCAAAAAUAAUGCUGGAACUGGAAUUAAAGGGCCAAUAGGUAAACAAAUUGGAGAUGAAUAUCUGAAUGAGGAGAUGACAGAUGUUGACCAAUACAUCAGAUCCAUUAAACACAAAUGGAAAACAUAUAGGUGCACAAUCAUGUGUGAUGGCUGGAGUACUUGGAUAAAGCAUCCAAUCAUUAAUUUCAUGGUGUACUGUGAUAGAGACAUGAUAUACCACAGCUUUAUCGAUUGUACAAACAAGGUAAAGACUGUAAACUUUGUCUUAUCCUUAAUGGAUAAGGUUGUGGAUUCCAUUGGAGAAGAAAAUAUUGUACAAAUUGUCACCAACAGCGAAUCUAGCAUGAAGGCAGCCGGAGAGCAAUUGAUGAAGAAAAGGAAGCAUUUGUUUUGGUCGCCAUGUGCUGCACACUGCAUUAAUUUGAUGCUAGAAAACAUUGGUCAGAUGAAGUCAAUAAAGGAUGCUAUCAAACAAAAUAGGAGAAUUACCAGUUUUAUAUACAAUAGUGACAAAGUGGUCAAUCUAAUGAAGGCAUAUACAAAUAAUAUAGAGUUAUUACGACCCAGCAUAACAAGAUUUGCUACCGAGUUCAUUGUAAUGGAAAGUCUUCUUUGUCAUGCUACUGAAUUGAAAUGA